AUGCCUCCCACGUUGCGAAAACGCAAAGCGCCUGCAGUUGAGCCCGCGACAGCACCUCCCGCCAAAAGGAAGGGCCCCGUCGCCAAAGCUGUCGCAAAGGUGAAGGAGGCCGUGAGCCCUAAAUCUACCAAGACCAAUGGCUCAGCAAGUAUAUCCAAGGUCGCUGUUGGUGGAAUUGUUGACCUCGAUGGAUUCGGUGGUGAAAUCGAGACAAAUGAUGGAGUAAAGACUACUCUCAAGAAGUUGGUGGAUGAGAGUAAGAAUGGGGUUGUUCUCUUUACAUAUCCAAAGGCUUCCACACCUGGUUGUACAAAGCAAGCCUGCAUCUUCCGCGAUCAGUAUACACCCCUCACAUCUACAGGAUUCUCCAUCUAUGGACUCUCAAAGGAUUCGCCCAAAGCCAAUACCACCUUCAAGCAGAAACAGAAACUCCCAUAUCCUCUCCUCUGUGACCCCAGCGCAACUCUCAUCUCCGCCAUUGGUUUAAAGAAAGCUCCUGCCGGUACUACCAGAGGUGUAUUUGUGAUCGAUAAAUCCGGCAAGGUUCUGGCAGCCCAGCCUGGCUCACCCACCGGCACUGUUGAUAUCGUGGAGAAGCUUGUGAAAAGUGGCAGCUCAACUGCUUCAGAGCCUAGUGAAGAUAAGGAGGAGAAGCCCGAAACUGAGGCCGUUGCUCCAGCCGCAAAUGGGGUCGGUGCUCAUGGGCCUUCGAAGGACGAUGUUGCUCAGGCGGAAGUUGCUUCACAGGUUGCUGAUACUGCUGAGAAGCUUGAUAGCAACGAGGAGACGCCUGCUGCAGCUUAA